AAAAACCAUCUGUCUUAUGAAGCUACAAUUGAUAUUUUCCAGUGGAUUAAUUCCUUCCAUAAUGCUAAUUUAUUGCCAGCAGAUAAAACGUCACUAUGGAAAAUGUUAGGUCGCAAAAACUUGGAAAAAUCUCGGCGUUAUUAUUGUAAAUCAUGUACAGAGUACUUAGGUCUAAAAGAUAAAAAAACGAAGCUACUUAAAAUCCAAUGUUCUUGUAAGAAAUGUGGUCCUAAGCAGAAAGAGAAUCAUUUAGGUCACUUUCUCUACAUUGGGUUAACUUCUCAAAUCAAGCAACUAUUAAAAAAACCUAAUAUAGCUGAGGCAUUACAAUAUAGGUUUCAUAGAAAGAAAAAAAACAUUGACUCUCUUGAAGACAUAUACGAUGGACAAAAUUAUCCAGACCUAUGUAAGCCUGGGAAGUUUCUAGAAAAUUGGCACAAUUUUUCUUUCACCUUUAACACAGAUGGUUGUAGUGUUUCGGAAUCUUCUAGAACAAGUGCAUGGCCAAUUUUUAUCCAAAUAAAUGAACUUCCACCACAUAUGCGCAAGAAAUAUAUACUUCUUGCUGGAAUCUACGUUGAUGAUCAUCACCCACCAAUGAGUAAUUUUUUGCGACCAUUUAUUGUUGAGAUGAAGAAACUUUUCAAAACAGGAAUCACUUGGAAUCCAACCGACACCACUGAAGUUACUUCAAGAAUGAUCGUUGUCACAAGUAGCCUGGAUUCUCCAGCCAGAUCAGAUGUUACGUGCAUGACUCGGUUCAAUGGUUACUUUGGUUGUCUGUAUUGUUAUGUACCAGGAAAAACUUUAAAGCAGGGAAAACUGGUUUACCCUCUUGAACAAAGUUUUGGUGAAUUACGUCUCGAUUCUCAAAUCAGAGCCGAUACGAAGUAUGCUUUUAAGGAAUGUAUAAAAAUAAAUGGAAUUAAAGGCAUUUCUCCAUUAAUAUCAUUGCCAUUAUUUAAUAUACGGCGAGGUGUUGUGGUAGAAACGAUGCACGCAGUGUUCUUAGGGGUCGUACAACUACAUAAACCUUACUACAUUGGAGAUCCCAAUACGUUGAAAGCAAUUGAUUAUUAUCUCUUCAUGAUCAAACCUCCUUCUCGUCGAUCCCGAAAACCGAGAUCCAUCAAAACUUAUUUACAG